UGGGCUUUCGUAGCGGUGUUUCGACUUUUAUCUACACAUUCAAAAACAGGAAUUCACGCGAGUGUUUUGUUGACGGAUGGUUUCUUCGGAUCCAAGUUAAACCAGCUCAUGUGGUUAGUCAAGUUGAAGAAGCUGCUGCACUGUCUCUUUAAGACGUUCAUCCGGCAGCAGGUGACGUUGAGGCCACGCGCGGCCCGCGGUCCACUCGGGUGAACUUCACUCAUCUUAACUCGAGCUUGUCUGCACACUCCAUAUUUCCAAGUGCCGACUUUAGAUACUGUCAAGGUUGCCAUUACGUAGCUGUGUGUUUGCGUGAGAGGUCCUGCUCAGGAAGGUGCUACUUCCAUGCCGUGAAGAACAGUCGCAGCGUUUGGCACCGCGAAAACGCACAGAGAUCGUAGCUAGAACUCGACUCCAGCGGACCGUCAGCCAUGGCAACCUGCAUCGAAGUCAGCGAGACAGCGCGGACUGCGACCAAGCCCUUCAUCGGCGGCGUGGUCGAAGGAUUUUAUGGCCGACCCUGGACCAUGGAGCAAAGAACAGAGCUGUUCAAAAGGGAGCAGAAGUGGGGGUUGAACUCAUACCUGUACGCCCCCAAAGACGACUACAAACACCGCAUGUACUGGCGAGACCUUUACUCCCCCGAGGAGGCAGAGCAACUCAUCGCACUGAUAGCAGCAGCGAAGAAGCACAAUGUCGACUUUAUCUACGCAAUCUCUCCUGGGCUGGACGUGACUUUUUCCAACCGCAAAGAGGUGGCUGCCCUAAAGAGGAAGCUGGAUCAGGUUCGAGACUUUGGCUGCGGCUCCUUCUCGUUACUGUUUGACGACAUCGAGACGGAGAUGUGUCCUUCGGACAAGCGGGCCUUCAGCUCCUUCGCCCACGCGCAGGUGGCCAUCACCAACGAGGUGUACCGGCAUUUGGGGCAACCCGAGACCUUCCUCUUCUGUCCCACAGAUUAUUGUGCUGCCUUCUGCACCCCAAAUGUGCUGCAGUCAUCUUACCUUCACACUGUAGGAGACGAGCUGCUUCCGGGGAUCGAUGUGCUGUGGACGGGUCCAAAAGUGGUAUCCCAUAAAAUCUCUGUGGAGUCCAUAGAAGAAGUGUCCUCCAUCCUCAAGAGGGCGCCAGUCAUCUGGGACAAUAUCCACGCCAACGACUAUGACCCACAAAGAAUUUUCAUGGGACCCUACAAGGAUCGUCCAACUGAGCUGAUCCCCAAACUGAGAGGUGUCCUCACAAAUCCCAACUGUGAGUUUUGCCCGAAUUUUGUGCCAAUCCACACUUUGGCUACGUGGUGCAAAGCGUCUGCUCCCGGCGCUCCCAAGGAUGUGGAAAUGGGCGAUGAAGAGCAGGACCCGGGCUAUAGCCCCCACAAAGCCCUGAUGCUGGCCCUCACUGACUGGCUGGAGGAGUUUCUGUGCACAGAUCAGCCCACAGCUUGCUCGAAGAAGGAGCCCUGCGAGGAGGAGCCCAUGCAGACAGAUCUCGGAGAACACUCAUAUGUACCCGGGGCGGGAGAAAACCCGCUUUACACUGCCGAGCCACUGACCCUGGACGACCUGAAGCUGCUCUCCGACCUCUUCUACCUGCCCUACGAAUACGGGUCCACGGCCAAGGCCAUGCUGCACGAGUUGGACUGGCUCAGAUGCCACAGUCACGCCGUCGCCCUCAAGACGGACCAGAGUGCCGAGUGGUGUUCGAGAGCGCGGCAGUUCGACGACAUGUGCGAAGCAGUGGUGCGGAUGUUCAACCGCCUGUCCAACGUGCCCAACCGGCGCAUUCUGUAUGACCUCUACAACUACAUCUGUGACAUCAAGAGCGGCGUCGGGCUUGCUCAAGCCUACGUGAAAUCACUAGGAGGCCUCGGCAAACCGUCGGCCCAGCUAAUGAGUGGUGAUCCUGAGCCGUGGGGGUUCCGAGGAGGUCUCUCGGGAGAGUUUCAGAGAAUGCUGCCUGGCCACGGAAACCGAGACCUGUUCAAGCAUCCGCCCAGGACGUCAGUGUACUGCAUUCGGCCCUACUGCGCAGAGGAUAAGGGUGAGGUGAAGAGAAUUUUUGUGAAGAUGCAAGGAGAAAGACAGAUUCAACCCCCUUUUGCGACAGAGACCCCACUUAUUAGUGAUAUACUGUCGACAGGUGACAUUUGCCCGAGCCCCGAAUGUGCUCUUGUCCUGGAGGACGACAUCGGCGUGUGUGGCUACAUGCUGGCGCUCGCAGAUGCCAAGGCGGCGGCGCGCUCCAUCCAGAGGGACACGAGCGACGGCGUAUUUGACGACUUCCCUUCAUUAGUCACUGGACAAGUACUGCCCAGGGUCGCCGCGUCUCCGGCAAAGCGUAUGAUUGGACAGCUCUUGUCCACCAUCAGGAACUCCGGUUCGAGAGGGGUUUUCUGUGAGUUGAGAGAAAGUGACCGCCGAAUGCUCGACUUCUACACAAAAAGUAGCUCCUUCCAACCCCUCAAAAUGGCAGGUCUGCCUUCAGAUAUUAUCGUCAUGGGAACAACGCUUUAACCGCACUUGCUCAAGAAGUCCUGCGUUCCAACGUCAUUUCGGGAGCAGUCUUCACCUGCUAUGAAAAUUGCAUUAACAGAAGCUCAAUGAAAAUGGCCAAUGGCCAUUAUUGGAGACUUGUGACGUGCACAUGUAGAGCUGUUGACAUCAGUUUUAAUUUUUGUCUUCAUAAUAAAACUGUUAAUUAAUUGGUUGCAUGUCGUGAACAUUUCUUGGACUGGGCCUCCUUUGAUUUUACUACUACUUUCAUAUAGUUCAUGGCCGUUUUUGCUCAUGUAUAUAAUCUCAUUUUUCCGAUUUGUCAUGGUUUUUUUUUUUUUUUUUUU